GCCCUUCUCUUCUUGUGUGUUCUAAACAGUAGCCAGUCAAAAUGCAGAUCCAGGCUCUGUUCAAGAAGACUGCCGCUUCGGCCCCGGCCAAGAAGGGCACCAGCUCGACCAAGGUCGUCAAGCCUUCGGGCAAGGCUACCAAGGGCUGGCUGGGCGGCCAGGGUGGCGCGGUCAACCUCGACAAGUGGUAUGGCCCCGACCGUGUUCUGUUCCUGCCUAGCGGCCUCUACGACCGCUCGGAGGUCCCUGCUUACCUGAACGGCGAGCUGGCUGGCGACUACGGCUACGACCCUCUGGGCCUGGGCAAGGAUACCGAGACCGUCGCUAAGUACCGCGAGUACGAGCUGCUGCACGCACGCUGGGCGAUGCUUGCCGCCGCUGGUAUCCUCAUCCCGGAGGGCCUGCAGGCCAACGGCGCCAACAUUAAGGGUGGCGUCUGGUUUGAGACUGGCGCUGAGAUGCUGAACGGCGGCACCCUGAACUACUUCGCUGUGCCGUGGGGCAUUGUGUCGAACCCUCUGCCUCUGUUCGCCGUUAUUGCCAUCGAGGUCGGCCUGAUGGGCGCCGUCGAGUUCUACCGCCGCAAUGGCACUGGCCCCGCUGGCUACUCGCCAGGCAUCGGCAAGUUUGACAGCUCUGUCUUCGAGGGCCUGGACUCCAUCUACCCGGGCGGCCCGUUCGACCCUCUGGGCCUGGCUGACGACCCCGAGGUGUUCCAGGAGCUUAAGGUCAAGGAGAUCAAGAACGGCCGUCUGGCUAUGGUCUCCGUCCUGGCCUUCGCCAUUCAGUCGUACGUGACCGGCGAGGGCCCGUACACCAACUGGAUCAAGCACGUCCAGGAUCCCUUCGGCUACAACCUGUUGACCGUCCUGGGCAACGAGGACCGCGUGCCGACCCUGUAAAUGGCGUGCUAGAGUUGGAGAUAUUGCGGGGCUGCGAUUGACGUUUUGGCUGAAUGUUUACGCUGUCUUGCUGGUGGACUCGGGAGCAUGAGGUCGAGUUUGUAAUUCUGGGGAGUUGAGUGUCUGUCACGUACAGAGUAUGUUCUGCUGCGGCCAAACAUUUUCGUAUGUGUAGUGAGGGAGCGUCUUGUCCUGCCUUGGGCGUGAACCACGUGCUGGCGGGCUGACGUUAUGAUUUCGUAGGGGUGUGUAGGUUAAAUGCUGCAGCCCAUUGUCUAUGCUGGCUCUGGCUCGGGUUGGACGCGCCAACAGAUCUUUGCAGGGACGUGCGGAAGCAGCGCGCACCUGCAAACGGUGCCUCAUGUGUCAAUACGUUUGGCAUAUGUGCUGAUGAUUUUGAGGUCUUUCUGUACUAUGUCUUGUAAGACACGGAGAAAUGCAU